ACCUUGUUUGAAAGAAAUACUGCAAGCCUAGUAAUUACGUAGCGUAAGUGUGUAGGGGUAAUCACAGAAAUGGGUUCUAAUGAGGCAUGGGAUGUAGAAAAUGAAAUCAUCUUUGAUUCAAGCAAUGAGUCAAGAGUUAUUAAGACGGCACAUAGUUUGUCAUCAUCAUCACUUAGGAAAAAAUCGAAUCCAUCCCUAGGGUUGAACAUCAGGUUUUUGUUGCUUAGGCAAAUGCUGAUAAAUCUUCAAGAGGUUAUCUUUGGAACGAAGAUUUGUAUUCUUUUUGUGGCCAUUCCUUUCGCCAUUGUGGCCCAAUACCACAAUUUUGGAAGACCAUGGGUCUUCGCUUUCAGUUUACUCGGACUUGCCCCUUUAGCGGAGAGAGUUAGCUAUCUUACCGAGCAAAUUGCAUACUAUACUGGCUCAACAGUUGGGGGGCUGCUAAAUGCAACAUGUGGCAAUGCAACUGAACUGAUAAUAGCCAUCUUUGCACUCUGGCAAGGAAAGAUAGCUGUGCUAAAGUACUCUCUUUUGGGAUCAAUUCUUUCAAACCUUCUUCUAGUUCUUGGUUCUUCUCUAUUUUGUGGUGGCUUGGCCAACAUUAGCAAAGAGCAAAAAUUUGACAGGAGCCAGGCUGAUGUGAAUGUGCUUCUGCUCUUGCUUGGAAUUCUUUGUCAUGCACUGCCAUUGCUUUCUCAAUUCUCUGAGGAGGCUGCAGGGACAUCCCAUGCCAACUCCAUACUCCUGCUAUCAAGAGUGAGCAGCGUCGUACUGCUUGUGGCUUAUAUGGCAUAUCUGUUUUUUCAGCUUAAGACUCACCAGCAAUUAUUUGAUUCAGGAGAGGAUCUUGAUGAAAAUGAUGAAGAUGAUAAAGCCGUGAUAGGUUUUUGGAGUGCAUUUAGCUGGUUGGUAGGCAUGACAGCGGUGAUAGCUUUGCUGUCCGAAUUCGUUGUGGGCACAAUUGAGGCUGCUUCCAUCUCUUGGGGAAUUCCCAUUAGCUUUCUAAGCAUAAUUUUGCUACCUAUAGUGGGAAAUGCAGCAGAACAUGCAGGUGCAAUCAUAUUUGCUUAUAAGAACAAGUUGGACAUAUCUCUGGGAGUUGCCUUGGGCUCUGCCACCCAAAUUUCAAUUUUUGUAAGUCCCAUCUUGUUAAUUCAGGUUCCCUUAUGCGUGAUUGUCGCAUGGAUAAUGCAUAUCAAGAUGGAUCUCAGCCUAACCGUCCUGGAAACCGGUUCUUUAGCAGUCUCAGUACUCAUACUAGCCUUUACUUUGCAGGAUGGAUCAUCACAUUACAUGAAAGGGGCGGUUCUUCUCUUUGCCUACAUGGUUAUCGCUACAAGCUUUUUGGUACUUCCAUCUACAAUAGAUCAAGGAAAUCUCAUUGGAUCAGGAUUCGAAUCAUCAGUUGGAUUUUCUGCUGCUUGAUUUUGUCAACUCUUAUGUCUGCCUCAAUUAAAGAUAUUACUUGUAAAUUUUUCUGUAGAUAUUCAUGUCCCAACUAAAUUUGAGUUGGAAGGUGGGAUCUAUCUGAUGAUGAAAGUGUGAUUCUGUGGGUAAAGAUUGAAAGGUAUCAAAUAAGUAAUGAUUCUGUGGGUAAAGCUAUAUUUGCAAUGUAAGGUUAUUAAAAGAUGAUUAAGUACUUGUUUAGUUGUUUGGUAAUUGGUUAGUCAACUUUUCAGUUUGCUUUUGACUUUAUAUGUGGUUAAACAAUGGAAAUAAUACUAUAUUUCUUAAAACAAA